AUGUCAUUUAACGAACUACUAGCAGCUUUUAACCGAGCAGUAGGAACAUAUGUUCCUCAAAUCUCAAGAAAGGCAGUGACUGGUAACGAUGAUACUGAUAGCCUUAUGGACGAAAAAAGAUCUUUAUAUUGCGCAUCAACCCAUGAAAGACGUAAAGGACCAGGAAUCAUAAGAAGUAGUAGCGGAUUUUUAAAAUUAUCAUUAAAGCGUAGUUGGAAUUCUUCGGCUCCAAAUAUCUCUUCCACAUCUAUUGUCACACCUUUAAAUCCAACGGCUUCUGCUCCGUUGUGGAAAGAACAAGUUGACCCGAAUAUUAAAGCUGAAUUGCCACAAGCCGAAAUUCAUCGACAAGAAGUUAUGUUUGAAAUUAUUCGUACUGAAAAAGCUUUUGUUGAAGAUAUUAAAUUCUUAAUAGAGCAUUACGUAAAUAAGUUCCGAGAUUCCGGCAUUCGUCUACCUUCUAGCCUUGAGCAAACUUUCUCAAUAUUGCCAGAUAUCUUACUGUUGCAUCUCGACACUUCUCUGUAUCUUAUUCAUUAUCAAACGGCAAUAUCUGAAAUAGCAAACGCGCGCAAAAAGAACAAUAAAUUAGGACAAUUAGUAAAAACUUUAGAAUCUGGUUUACUAGCAGGAAGAUAUCUAGGUUUAGAAAGUUUACUCACAAAACCAUUUCAAAGGCUAUGUAAAUAUCCUCUUUUGGUUAUGAUGGACUGUGCUCUUAAGGAACUUCAAGAGCGUAAAUCAAGACAUGAACGUUUAAAGGAAAAUGAUGAAUUUUCGCGCAAAUUUUCGUCAUUAGGUCCUUUCAACAAACUAUAUUCAACAAAUCGUUAUAAGCGCUCAGCCACGAUGCCAUUCGCGAGAUAA